GUUUAUUUACAGGUCCUACUGGCCUCUUCACGAGGUUAUGGUAGCCCGACCUGCCCCUGUGACCUCUCAGGGGAAAAAGAUUAAUUUAGAGCCAAAUUCCCAGAUCGCAGAACACGCCGCCCCCGCACAAGCGCACCCACGCCGAGCGAGCCCGAGCCCCCCCCCCCCCGCGCCCGCAUACGGCCCCGGCCCUAGCACCCAACCGCUGAAGACCCUCGAGACAAGCACCCUCAUCCACCCUCUCGCUGCGCGCGACAACAGAUCAGUCAAGAACCAACCAUGGAGCCCCCCAAAGCCCCACCCGGAGUCACCAUCGUUCUUUCCCACCCACCUGCCAAACAUCCAGACCAUGUAUCAAGCUGGGAUGUAUUUAUUUUGUAGUUAUGUUAUAUUUGCUAUUAUAAUUGGAUAGGUAAAGUAAAUAAAUGAUCUCAAAAUGCCGUUGUUAUAUCAUAUGAUUUAUUUAUGUUUUAUAUUAAUUUGUAAAACUCAUAGUAUUAUAGUUUAUGUCCUGUAUUCUAGCUUUCAUUUACCCAAGUGUGGUUAUUGUGCUCUCCGCCCCAUGAGAGGUGUUAGUGGGGGUUCGAGCAGGAUACAGGAAACGCCCCGAUUCCAGAGGCGCCCCUGGUUCUUUUAAGUGCCCGGUGUAUAGCACCGAUACACUGCACCCCCGUUUAACGUCUCUCGCGGAGGACAUAUUAGUACAUAGUGUUAGUAUCGGUACUUAUAUACAUGUGUAGUUCUGCUGUCUUGUGUCAUAUCUUACGGUAACGUGGGCUCUCUCUGUUGCUAUUUGGUAUAUAGUUUGAAUGUUAUUGCGAAGGGCAGGCUAGUUUUUGAAAGAUCAUGUAUUUGAUGAUAGAAGAAAGGGACUAUGUUUGUUUGAUUGGGCCGAUGACUAGUUCGUUGGGGGUAGAAAAUUUCUUUGUAAAUUCUUUCUUAUUGCUGUGUUAAGUGUCUUGUGAGACUGUGGUGUUGUAAGGGCCAGACUAGUUUUGAUAGGUCAUUUAUUUGAUGAAAGAAGAGAGGGCUGAGUUUGAGAUGAUAGUAAAUUUGGUAUUAGGGAGAGCGCACACGUUAGUGUUUCUGGUUAUAAAAGCAAAGACAGCAUUCCUAUGUGUUUUUGUAAUAUGCCAGGUUAGUAUCGUGGUCUGGUCUGGGGCAUAUGAUUCACUGAAAACUGCCCGCUUUAUAUACAGACAGCCCUCUUAAAUGAUCAGUCGCCAAAUACGCAAUCGCUCCGCCCACUAAGUUGUGUUUUCAUAAAACGCUUAUUCCAUUACUCCGUAAGUCUUUGUUUGUCGGACCAUGUGGCCGCAAUAAACGAAAUCUGAUUGAUUAUUACGUGAGUUUGAUUGACAGCUGGCGAGUGGUCAAUUACUUUAAAAAGAGCAUUGUUGUCUGGUUAAGCUUGUUAAUAACCUUAUGUAGUCUUUUAUCACGCCAAACUGUGAUACCAUAUGUCUUACUCAUAAAUCUGUGUCCAGACAAUCAAAGCAUGUCGGCAUAAUUAAUUUUCAUCAACUCACACUUUUACAAAACAUAACUAACACAAAAGCAUUCAAUUAUUCUUCUAUAUUUAAACCAAACUAUCAUACAAUAUGUCUGAUUAAAAAAUCUUUGAACAGAAAAUGAAAGCAUGCCGUCAAAUUAAACGUCGUUUAACAUUUCACGCUUGUUCAGAUUUCAGGGGCGAAUUGUCUUGGGGUGAGAUUUCUUUGGGGCGAGUUGUCUGAUUCCCAUUCCGAAUGGACUUUGAAAGAAACGAACGACAACUUUGUAAGAAAACCCGCCAAUGGGGCUCGCGACCAAUCGGAUGGAUGCUAUGCCUGCUGGGAUCGCCAUGCUCUUUUUCGACGCGGACAGUGGACCCGACAUGACCGACCUAACGGACUCGACUUGACGGACUCGACCUAAUCAAUUUUCUUUAUUCUUAGACUUAAGUCUAAGAAUUGUUUGGUGAAUACGGGCCUAGCAGAUUCUUUUGUGCACGAGAUGCGGUCAAAAAGAAGAAAAGACGAAAGAACCAAUCCAGACUUGGUGGCAGAGGAAAGUAUAAAAAAGAAUGCAGAUCUUGGUGGAUUUUGUGUGGAUACAAUUCCACCUAAAGGUAGAGGAGUUAGAACAGAAGUUCAUAGAAACAAGGGCGACUUUCUCCUUACCUAUCAUGGAGAAUUAAUCACAGGAGAAGAAGGCAAUAAAAGAGAACUAAUGUCUGUCUCUGUCUUCAGAUUCUUCUUUUCUUUCAAAGGGAAGCAGUGGUGCAUCGAUUCUACCCUGGAAGUCAAAAGUGGUCAGUUCUUGGGUCGACUUGUUAAUCAUGGCAAAGGCAAAGAACAAAACUGCAAAAUGAAAUGCAUAGAGGUCAAUAAAAAACCAUACCUAUGCUUAUUUGCUCAAAGAGACAUUCAGACAGGAGAGGAGCUUCUUUAUGACUAUGGUGUGUCUGAUCUACCAUGGAAGAGUCCAUGUCAACUGCUGACAGUGAAGAGCCAGGCAGUCUGACCCAUGAUAGGAGGGAGCCAAGUGAAGAGCCAGCCAGUCUGACCCAUGAUAGGAGGGAGCCAAGUGAAGAGCCAGCCAGUCUGACCCAUGAGUCCAUGUCAACUGCUGACAGUGAAGAGCCAGGCAGUCUGACCCAUGAUAGGAGGGAGCCAAGUGAAGAGCCAGCCAGUCUGAGCCAUGAUAGGAGGAAGCCAAGUGAAGAGCCAGCCAGUCUGACCCAUGAGUCCAUGUCAACUGCUGACAGUGAAGAGCCAGGCAGUCUGACCCAUGAUAGGAGGGAGCCAAGUGAAGAGCCAGCCAGUCUGACCCAUGAUAGAAGGGAGCCAAGUGAAGAGCCAGCCAGUCUGACCCAUGAGUCCAUGUCAACUGCUGACAGUGAAGAGCCAGGCAGUCUGACCCAUGAUAGGAGGGAGCCAAGUGAAGAGCCAGCCAGUCUGACCCAUGAUAGGAGGGAGCCAAGUGAAGAGCCAGCCAGUCUGACCCAUGGUAUUUCUAUUAUCAUAUAAUAAAGGCCCACCUAUUGAUGAUAAAGACAUGACCCAACUGAAGACUAUAUAUUCUAGUACAAUUUUCUGUUGUCCAAGCCAAUAUAUAUUUAUGCCACCCUUCGAAGAAGAGGGGGUAUAUUGCUUUGCUCAUGUCGAUCGGUCCGUCCGUCCACCAGGUGGUUGUCAUACGAUAACUCAAGAACGCUUGGGCCUAGGAUCAUGAAACAUCAUAGGUACAUUGAUCAUGACUUGCAGAUGACCCCUAUUGAUUUUGAGGUCACUAGGUCAAGGUCACGGUGAUCGAAAUUGUAAAAUGGUUUCCGGAUUAUAACUCAAGAACGCAUACGCCUAGGAUCAUGAAACUUCAUGGGUAGAUUGAUCAUGACUCGCAGAUGAACCCUAUAGAUUUUGAGGUCACAUGGUCAAAGGUCAAGGUCACAGUGACCCGAAAUAGUCAAAUGAUUUUCGAAUGAUAACUCAAGAACGCUUUUGCCUAGGAUCAUGACACUUCAUAGGUACAUUGAUCGUGACUUGCAGAUGACCCCUAUUGAUUUUCAGGUCACUAGGUCAAAGGUCAAGGUCACAGUGACAAAAGUCGUAUUCACACAAUGGCUGCCAGUACAACGGACAGCC